AUGGAUCCGGGUUCUUCGCUGGAUUACAACACCCGCCACGGUAUCCCCAAGCCCGACAUCCUCUAUGCUAAUAUUGACUCUUACUUCACCGUCCGCGAGCACUUUCCGCCUCAGCCCCGACAGACCUUCGACCUCCGUUUGUCUGGACCCGAGCAGGAGCGACGAAUAACAACGGACAUUCUGACUCGGUGCAUUGAGAACAGUCCGGAUUCUGGUGAGAUGGGCACGCAGAAACUCACUCUCCAGACCCUCAGGGUGCUACAGGUCCGCGAUGGGUCGACUUCGCAGGUGGUGCUGGUUAAAAUCAUUAAGGGUGACCUCGCCAACAUGCUGGUAGUCGCCAAGUUCUAUGAUCCGCUGUACUACAACCACCGGAAAUCUGAAGUCGAUCCGUUCCGCUGCGUCGAGGAGGAAUAUACCCGGGAGACGGCGGUUUACCAACACCUGCAUCAGCAUGGUCUGAGUGACUAUAUUCCCCAAUUCUGCGGAUCCUAUUCGCUUGACAUGCCAGUUCCCAAUAGAGGCAUUCGUCAGGUGCUUCUGAUCCUCGUGGAGUUCAUGUCGGGGUUCUCCAUGGACCGUCUUCGUCUCGACCGACUCGCCGUGGAGACCCGGCAACACAUCAUGGAGCAGAUCGUCAGAGCCGAGUCCAGAUUCUACGCCGUCGGCCUGCGGCACAAGGGCCUUUGCAGGCGUAUCAUCAUGGUCGAGGGAGUCAGGAACCACGACCCUACCUGUCGACCGUACAUCACUAUAACUGACUUUGGGCAAGCGUAUAUCGGUUGCGCCACUCGCAAAUCUCGCUGA